AUAUAGCCAAUUGGGAACAUGACAGCACAAUGGUUAGUCGAACUUUUGGACAAAUACUCGUCCAAAAAUUACCAUAUUGAAUAUAAUGGAUUUCUGUCGAAUCAUAUGAUACAUGGUAUUAUAGCUCUGUAUAAACUAGCAGCCGAUGAAAAGAGAAUUCAAGAAUUUAUCAAGUUUUAUACUCAUAAACUCCGCGAUCCUGAGGCGAUAAACGAUGAAUAUACCAUAGAAGAUUUGAAAGGAGCGCGCAUUUCUUAUCCGAAGGUAGUCAACUACUAUAGAGGAGUUUAUCGCGAUUGUAACAAUGAUAUGAAAGCAGUACUUGAAAAAGUAUGGCCCCAAUUAUGUGAUGGAAUAGGUGGAUCAGCAAUUCAUGGUUUAAUUCAUUUGGGUUAUGCUUUAUCGGUGGAGCACGAUCCAAGUGCAAUAGAUGGAUUGGCUUAUACUCAUCAUUCGCACAUUCCGUUAGUUUGCGACAGGUUCAAUAAAAAUCCGGCUAUCUUUGGCCAAGGGAACGAGAAUCCCCUUAGUAUUGCACAAGAGAUGGGUGAGAAAUUAACUGAUAAAAUGUUUAGUAAAGUUGAAGACGAAUUAAUGCAGAAAUUCCCCAACAACCUCCAAAGACUAAUUGCUAUUCUUCAUACGUUCUAUCCGGAAGAGGUUUUGGAAUUCGUUGGCCGUAUUCAAGUACCUAAGGACAUAAAGACUUGUUUGGACUUAGCAUACUAUGCUUUGCAUCUUUCUCUUAUUGUUUAUGUAAAAUCUGCACGAAAGAAUGAUUUUUUCUUACUUCAUGGUAUAACUUCAGGAUGGGCUUUAACAAAGGUUGUUAAGAUUCUUGGAGAUUGUGAUUUAUCCAGAAGAUCAAUUACAGCUUAUAUGGCUACAUUACUAACUGUUUAUGUGGGACAACUAUCACCCAAGUUAACUAGUACUGACGAAGUUAAAGAUGAUGUUAACGAAGAAUGGUGGGAGAAAAUCACAGAGGAAUUGUUAGCACGAGAAUUAGAUGAGCAUGUUUAUAAGUUGACUCAAGUUUGCAAAGAAUUAUGGAAGGAUAGAGGAUGGCCCGAGUGUCCCACUGCUGCAAGAAUUGCGUUAGAUCAUUCUUUUAAAUUCGAAGAUUAG